UUAAGCAGAUUGGUUAAAUGGUAGGCAUCAAAUAGUAGGCACCAUCAGAUGUUCUCUACAAUCAGAGAAUUAAUAUCAUGCACACGGAGCAAUGUAGUAGGGCAAAUUACCAAAUUAAGGUGACAAUAUUAGCUCUUCUGCUUGAGUGUGAAUGGAGCUUGUGUAGAGCUACAUCAUUAAUUUUAUUAGGCAAGAAUGAGGCCUUCUGUGACAUGGAUUUCAUUGAUUCUGUGGAGGGAGGGGGUGAUGAGGAGUCACUCUCACAAUCGCACUAAGGGGCACACCGCCAGCAUAAUUUGUUCUGUCUGUGGAUGAACGUAGGAGCGUCCAACUGAGACACUCACACGGAGCCAGUGGAUGUUAUGGGGUGAAUGACGGGCUGCAGUGUUCUACAGUUCCGGUAAGAACAUGCGCUGUUUUCUUUGGUCUUUGCCUAGAAAGCAGUCCCAUCGCACCUGUAGAGCAAUAGGGCUAUGGUCCUUAUGGUUCUUUCUCUUUACUGCUGAUAUCAGCCAUUGUGUCCUUAAGUUGAUUGUACUUAAAAUAAUGAUAAUGGUAAUGUGAAAAUGACCACGAGUAAUUUGUGUUUAUUGAAAUAUAAUGAAUAGCUUUGACAAUAUCUCAAGAUGGAUUGUAUUUGGAUUUAUCUAUUUCCUGCUGCCGGUUCUGAUAAAUUAAAAAAAAGAGCAUGGGCAUAGAACAGUAAAGUGGGUAGGAUUGCAUUUAAAGACAUUCACCUCUAUUGAAUUCUGAUUAUUUGCUGAUCUGUGGGUUUUUAGCAGAUAUAAGUCAGUUUAAUACCCCGGUAAUUAUCAAUUUUGAAAUGAAUUUAAGAAAUUCUGGCAAAGGUAGCAUAUCACAUAAAGACUAGCUUCUGACAUUACAUCUUCAAUGGUGACUGCAAUGUGAGUAAUGAAUAUUAUGGCUAUUUGUAAAUGCCUUAUCUAUGGUGACUUAUAUUUGAUGUUUCUCUGAAAUUCUCGACCCCUGCCAAUUAAUCCUGGCAUUCAUUUGAAAUUAAACAAACUUUUAAAGCCUGGAACCGUGAAUGUUAUCAAUUAGAGACAGAUGAAGAACAGUACUGAACUGAGUGCUGCUUAUGCCUGUAAUUUAUACCAAUAAGACACAGACUAAAUCAAGUCAUGUUUAUGCUGCUGGGUCAUGGUCACAGUCUGCCACACUGGGGCAAACAGGUGUGUUCUUUCUUGUAUUGGUUUUGAAUUUAUCCUGCUUGCUGUGUUGCCUUUGAAUCUUAUAUUUUACCGGUUCAUAUUCAUUUACAGUUUGAAAUGUACAUACUUAACUUGUAGAAUGACCUAAAUGUUGUGUAAAGUUAAUAAUGCUUAAUAGUCUUGUACAAUGAAAUUUACUGCUACAUAACUCAUAAAUCGUUUUUAAUUAAAAAUUUCAGCAGUUUAUUCUUUUCCCAUAAUACCUAGGAGUUCCUUUGUGCCUGUUCUUUUGUGUGAAUACAUUAACUAAUGCAUACAUUUCCCUUGUGCCCCCACAACCUCUACCAGUAUUAAAAUCACUUAAACUACAUCUUCUGCAGUCCCAGUUGUGCUGUUGUGACUGAGCGAUGGACCCAGUUGUGGGUGAGAAUGCGUCAGGCUGGGGCUGUGGUGUCACCUGCAGCGACAACAGAAGUGAAUUCAUUUGGCCGGGUCCCCCUGACCAGCAGGCGGCGCUGUUCAGCAUGCCAGAACUUGUGCUGGUGACGGCGGUGUGCGUGGUGCUGCUCGUGGUGGGGCUGGUGGGCAACACGCUGACCAUCCUCGUGGUCCGACUGCGACGUGACUUGCGCAGCACCACCUACCUUUACCUGUGCAGCAUGGCCUUCUCUGAUAUCUUCAUCUUCCUGCUGAUGCCUAUCGACCUCUACAAGCUCUGGCGUUUCUCUCCCUGGCUCCUGGGGGACCUGGUGUGCAAGCUGUCGCAGUUCGUCAGCGAGGUGUGCACCUACUCCAGCAUCCUGCACAUCACCGCGCUCAGCGUGGAGCGCUACCUGGCCGUGUGCUUCCCCCUGCGGGCCAAGGUCCUGGUGACCCGCGGCAAGGUGAAGGUCCUGAUCGGGCUGCUGUGGGCCCUGGCGCUGGCGAGCGCCGGCCCCAUCUUCGCGCUGGUGGGCGUGGAGGUGGAGGACAGCAGCGGCGAGAUCGAGUGCCGCUGCACGCAGUACGGCGCCAGCUCGGGCCUGCUCGGCAUCAUGACCUGGCUCUCCAACCUCUACUUCCUGGUGCCCGUCUGCUGCCUCAGCCUGCUCUACAGCCUCAUCGGCCGCAAGCUGUGGCACCGCCGGCGCUGCGCCAACCGCGACCGUGCCAACCGCCAAACCGUCAAGAUGCUGGCUGUGAUCGUGCUGGCCUUUGUGAUGUGCUGGCUUCCCUUCCAUGUGGGCCGCACCCUGUUCUCCGUUUCGCACGGCUCCAGUCCGGAAAUUUACCACAUCAGCCAGUACUUCAACCUGGUCUCCUUUGUGCUCUUCUACCUCAGCGCAGCCAUAAACCCCAUCCUGUACAACACCAUGUCGGCCCGAUACCGCUCCGCCGUCCGAGGCCUGCUGGGCCUCCCAGCCCAGGGGGCGAGGCCUCAGGGCAGAGGCCAGCCUUCCCCCCACCCCCACUUCCCUCCCCUCACCCCUCAACGCUCCCAGUCCACCUCCUACCUGUGACAGGACAGCACUGUGGAAAGUGAUGGAGGGAUGGUCCGAUCCAUCCCAUGUUUUUCUCUUAGCGCUGAGAGAGCUGCGUCUGUUGUUUUUUUGUUUUAGCAGCUUGGAAGAGGCAUGCAGGUGGAUCAAUGCUGUUUGUGCCUUGGACUUCCUGAAAGACAGUGAUGUGUCACUUGUACAGAAGGCUGCUAAGUGACUGGGGGUGGGGGUUGGGGUGGGGACGGGCGUUGGGUGGCUGGGAGCAAAGGCAUAGGAUGGAUGCUGUUGAAUCUCUCUGGGCAAGGCACUGUUUUAACACCUACGCUAAUUUGUUGCGGGAGAAGGAGAAUAAGCUUGGUCAUCAGGGGGAGAAAAGGUUCAUGUGGACCUGUGGAUUAAAUUAGUGGAAAUUUGAGUGACUGGCCUGAGCUGGUUUGCACCAUUUGCUCCAUAGAUUUUUAAAUGGUGCCAUGGGGUGGUGUAAUAGAGCUAUACUCUCUCCAGAGGGCAUACUUAUGCUACUAGCUGCCCCAAACUAGUGGCCAGAGAAGCGUAUACCCAAUGACUUCCCAGGCUUGGACUUAAUAUGAUCAUUUUAUUGUCCCUCUCCUAUUGUUGCAUUAUUAUGAGAAGGAAGAGUGGGGAGUCAGAGCUAGCAAAAAGAACAAGUAGAUGGAGGGCAGACAAGGUGAAAGGAGAUAAAGUGGCACAAUCUGUGAAACUGGAGGCCAUUUUGCCAGUGGUGGCAGAGAUGGACAUGAGCGGAACUUGGUGAUGGCGUGAGAACGCUGCGUUCACUUGUGUUCCUGCCGUGCUUCGCAGAGCGGCGACCGGCACUUCUCACGCUGAAAAACAGACGAGGAGAUGUUGACUCUGUUCCCCCGGGCUAUGGCUUCUCUUCACUGCCCCCUGCUCGACCCAUGAAUCUCAAUAGCUGCCACGGCCAAGCCUCGUUUACGGCUUCCCAUCCUUUUUUAUUCUUACCACACGGGAGCAAAAGAGGUUACCUCAGGGUCAUCCAGGAACUGUGUCAGGAUCUAACAAAACAGUAACUGAAUUGAACUAAAAUGUCUUUUGGCUGGCUGUCAGAUUUCCUAGUGAAUGAUACAUUAAUGAUAGCAAAAUGGGCUAAAAUGUUUUCAUAUGUUGUCAAACAGUGAUAUAAUGUCAUUACAUGAUUAUAUAUCAAAAAUCAUUAAAUAGUAACACCAGAAUCCAGAGAUGACUACAAGUAGGGGCUUAUGUAGUUGUCAAAUAUUUCAAAGAUUAAAUAUACAAAUAAAGUUGACAAGUAUUUGCUUAUUCUUUAUGAUGUAAUGACUGAUUUAAUGUGCAAACAUUUUAAUACAGAUAAUUUGUUGUGAACCAGCUGAAACAUGACCAUCAUUUUCCAAAUAAAAAGUUAAACAUUA